AUGGCUUUCGUGGUCAGCGGCGCUGCUCUGAACAUAGCUGGUCAUGGAUGCGCGCACGGCUAUCCUGCAGUUCUUUUCGCUCAAUUAAAGGCUUCUGGGGAUCUGGUGCUCACAGAUCAUGACACAUCAUGGAUAGCGUCAGCAGUAGGUGCCAUGGGAAUUGUCGGAAAUUUUAUAUCUCCAGUGCUGAUGACAAAAUUUGGCCGACAGAAAGCCCACCUUUUCACAACCGUCCCAGCUCUUUUGGGAUGGAUUAUAUUCGUCAUGGGUAACUCUGUUCCACUGUUUCUCAUAGCGAGACUUCUACAUGGGCUAGCAUUAGGAUUGAGGACACCGUUAGCUGCUAUAUUAGUAGCCGAAUACACAGAUCCAAAGUAUAGAGGUGCGUUUUUAGGAACAUUCGCCAUAUCAUUAGGAUUAGGCAUAUUUUUGUCACAUCUUUGGGGAGCUCAAUUAACGUGGAAGAUGACAGCGGGAGUUUGCGCUAUAUUCCCAUUAGUUUCAAUGGCUAUUAUAAGCCUUUCGCCAGAAUCACCGUGCUGGUUGAUAUCGAAAGGCAAAUUCGAAGAGGCCAAGAAAGCCUUCCGUUGGGUGAGAGGAGAAGGAGCUGAACAACAAGAAGAAUUAGAUGCAAUGAUCAAUUCCCAAAAGGAGGAGAUAAAUAUUGAGAAACAAAGAAAUGAUGUUAAUAGAUUCACUUGUAACGGAAUGUUCCGGAAUAUGAUCAACAGUAUCAAAGAUGCUCUAAGAAUAUUCAAGAAGAAGGAAUUCUAUAAACCUGCUAUCAUAGCUAUUAGUAUGCUGAUUGUCUUCGAGUUCGGAGGUGCGCACAUGUUCGCUGCGUAUGGCAAUACGAUCCUCCAAGCAGUGUUAAACAAAGACGAGGUAAAGGACGUAGCUUGGCAGUUCACCGUCAUAGAUUUAUUGAGGACUGUAUGUGCGUUCUUUGCUAUAUUCUUGCUCAAGUACUUCAAGAGACGGAUUAUUUUAUUCACAAGUGGUGUAUUGACUAUAUUAUCAUUAUCGUCUAUAUCAAUUUUCAUUUACUUGAGGGACUACGAAGUGUUUACAGCAUCGAAUAUAUUAGAUACGGUUCCAAUGUGUUUAAUGGUGAUAUACACUUUAGUUUUCUGCUUAGGUUUAGUUCCACUAAAUUGGGUGAUUUGCGGAGAAGUGUUUCCCUUAGCGUACAGAAGUGUUGGAUCAACCUUGUCUACAUCAUUUCUAACUCCCGCUUUUGUAGUGUCUAUGAAGACAGCACCUCAUUUAUAUUCGUCGAUAGGAGUGCAAGGUGCAUUUUUAGUAUAUUCUGCUGUUCUUACAGUAUUUCUUGCUGUAAUAUACGCUUUGUUGCCUGAAACUAAAGACAGAACAUUGCAAGAUAUAGAAGAUGAUUUUAAGGGCAAGAAGAAGGCGGAUACGGAAGUACAAAUGACGCUGCUCAACAAAGACGAUAUCGUUGUGGUAAACUAA